AUCUUCCCUCUGUCUCAGUAGUCGCUGAAGAGCAAAUGCCAGACAUUGCUCCUAACACACUUGCGCGGGAAACAAAGGGGGCUUUGGAGUCGGGACUCACGCUCCAUCCAUACACACCAAGCCAUGUGAGAGAGCGAGCGGGCGAUCUCUUGCCUCGGUCAUUUUGAGAGGGAAACCAAACCUAUCCAUUGACGGGUUGAGCGCCGCUCCCCGUAAAACAACCUACAAAAACAACAAGGUCUACAACUGCAGUUCUGAAGAUUCGUUGUGUAAUUUAUGCAAAACAGUAGAUAGUGUCAGUCUACAAGUCAUACCAAUUGUCAUUACGUCUGCGUUAGUGGUUUCAUUCUAAGACAAAAGUAGAAGAAACACUUCUCGACUAAGGAACGGGACAGCGUAUUGAGAUGUCUGAGGCUUUGACACAGCAAGAACGACUUCAGGCAAUAGCUGAAAAGAGGAAGAGGCAGGCCGAGAUCGAGAACAAAAGGAGACAGCUGGAAGAUGAACGCAGGCAACUCCAGCACCUGAAGUCCAAGGCACUGAGAGAGCGAUGGCUUUUGGAUGGAGCGCCCUCCAGUGGAGAGAAUGAAGUUCAGAAACAGCUGCAGGAAGAUGAGGCCAAGACCAAACGACUGGAGGAAUCCAUUCUCAGGCUGGAGGAGGAGAUAGAGGAGUUGGAGACUAGUGUUCCUGCUAAGUCUACUGGAGACAAACAGGACAAUGCAUCCGAUGGCCCUGGAAAAAUGGAGAAUGGUCUCCACAAGCCCAGCCCCAAUACCGAGCAGGCCAGCAAGAAACAGAUAACAGGCAUCGAAGCCAAGCUGCAGUGCACCAACCCGGACACGGCCAUUGAGAACGCCAGCACAGAGCACCCAGUCACCAUGGUGUUCAUGGGCUACAAGAACGUGGAAAGCGAGGAUGACACUAAGAAAGCCCUGGGCAUGGACGACGCAGUAAAAGCGGAGUUUGUGGUCAUCGAAGAUGGAGAAAGUAAAGGGCCAGGUGAGGGAGCCAAAGAUGACCAGGCCCCCCCGAAUGGCACUGCGUCCAGCCCAGAGAAGAACCAGGAGGAAGGAAAAAAGGAGGAGGCCAAAGAGGAGGAGAAGAAGAAAGAGAAGCAGCCAUGCAAGUGUUGCACGGUCAUGUGAGCUUGAGUACGGACUCCCCUUAGCUGAACACAUGACCUGACAACAGAACGGUGCCAAGCAACUCAGAUGUAGGCCCUGCACAGCCAAAUCACCUGCGUCUAAUGAACUCGCACAGUGUUCAUUUGAGUCCAGAUCUGCAUCUGCUGAGAUAGAGUGGAGUCAAUCACUGUAUUCGCUGAGUUCAUUCAAUCCUGGUGCUUUUACUGUGUGUAUAUUACAGAAAACAAUCGUUGUCCAGUAUGUAUUUCUUUUUUUUAUUUCUAUUAAUAUUUUUCUAUAUUUCUGUGUUGACAUUUCUAUCUCUCUCUCUCUCUCUC